GGGGACGUAAUGGGCAUAAACAGAACUGAACCUCCUCCCCCGUGCUGCGUUCGAGCACCAGUAGCUGACAAACGGUAGAAAUUCAGCAGCUCGGCUCUGCUAACAGUCCCCAGUGCCUCUCUGCCCUCAUUAUUGUGCAGGUUUUGAACUUGUAUCAGGUUACCUUUUGUUCUGCCGGUGAUGGACCGCUGGAGGGGCAGAGUGGCUCUGGUGACCGGGGCCUCGGUCGGGAUCGGGGCGGCUAUAGCUAAAGAGCUGGUUCGGUAUGGCAUGAAGGUGGUAGGCUGCGCCAGGGACGUCGAAAAGAUACAGAAACUGGCAGCUCAGUGUCAAAGUGAAGGCCACAGUGGCGUUUUGGUGCCUUUCAAGUGUGAUUUGACGAAGGAGGAGGAGAUUCUGUCCAUGUUCGCUGCCAUCAAAGCGCAGCACAAAGGUGUGGAUGUCUGCAUCAACAACGCUGGCUUGGCUCACCCGGAGUCACUGUUAAAUGGCAAUACCAGUGGCUGGAGGAACAUGCUGGAUGUGAACGUUCUUGCUUUGAGUAUAUGCACACGUGAAGCGUAUCAAUCCAUGAAAGAAAGAAAUGUUGACGAUGGGCACAUCAUCAACUUAAACAGCAUGAGUGGACAUCGUGUUGUUCACAGCGCUGACACGCAUUUCUACAGCUCCACCAAGUACGCUGUGACAGCCCUGACGGAGGCCCUGAGACAGGAGCUGCGCGAGGCCAAAACCCACAUCAGAGCCACAAGCAUUUCUCCUGGUGUAGUGGAGACAGAAUUUGCUCCGCGGCUCUUCAGAAACAAUCCUGAGAAAUCUGCUGAUCUGUACACUAAAUUUAAACCUUUGGAUGCAGUAGAUGUUGCAAAUUCUGUUGUUUACGCCCUAAGUGCCCCUCCACAUGUGCAGGUUGGAGACAUUCAGAUGAGACCCGUGGAGCAGCUGUCAUAAUAUUUCACAAUGUGACAACUAAUGCAGCGUACUGACAAAGUGGUUUAGUGCAUAUGUGAAAUGAAUUACUUUGUCUAAUCAUGAAGUAACUUUGCUUUUGAAAAUUUGUACUGUAAUUUUGCAGUUACAGAAUAACACGCCUGAUUUGACAAUGUA